UUUUAAAGUGAACGAAGAAGGAGCAACACAUUGGUUGUGUCCAACAAUAUCUAUAUUUUACAUUAAUUCGUUUAUUUUUUUUUCGCACGGCCAGAAGAAGCGACAUAUCAUCCGUUUUUAUCAAUUAAAAGUUUUUCCGUGAUGCAAAACAUUCAUUCACUAUUUUCAUACUGAGACUCAAAAUUCCAUUUUUCAUUUUACAAAAAGUGAUUUUGAUAAUCAAGUUUUCCAAAGUGACGGUGAUAAUUUGUAUAGUCAUAAGUUGAAAGGGUUCUCCCAUAAACGAGACAUUUUAUCGAAAGAAAAUAGAAACUAUCCUACGAGGAACCAAUGUGUAUUUUAACAAUAAAUGUCCGUUUAAUAGCUGUUUCGUUAAUGUUGUGAAUAUAUCGGCAGUAGUCUGAUGUGAUAGAAAAAAAUCAAUUUUAUUUAGAUACAUUUCAAAUCUCGUGUGUUCCUUUAAUUAUACGACACAUUUCAUAAAAAAUAUCCGUGUCGUCCAACCCAUUGCAUACUUGGUCGGGAAAUAAUUGCAAUAAAAAAGAAAACAUUUUUCUGUCUACUUCCGUUGAAGCAAAAUCAAUUGCAAACCGAAAACAAACUGGAUCCUCACGUAUAUAACUGCAUUCUGAUGCAAUGGUCGUUGGUGCUAUGCUCCUAACGAGCAGUUCAUCUGGUCUAGGCAUACCAAAAUCACCGUCAUUUCACAGUAGCUCGGAACUGGCAGCGGCUGCAAAAGAAUUCAAUUUUCCGAACAUUAACAAUUCCGCCGAACCGAUGCCCUCGACUGUGUCCGCCAACAAUACAUUAAACGUGCACAAGCAAAAUAUGCUGAACAAAAUGAAAAACAAUAAUCCAUUUUUGUCGAAUGUCGCCGCGAAUGGUGACAGUGCUGGCAUUAUUAAUCGAAAUAAUCAAUCAGUGAAUUCCACAUCACCGGUGUCUGGAUGGGGCGUAAUAUCAGGCCGGGCUAGAGAUCGGAACGUUUAUAUAACACCGGCAGCUAGUUUAGCUGUAUCAUUACCAUUGUUACGAGAAACAUCAGCCGCCGAGCGUGAGGAGCUUUUUAUACAAAAAUUGCGUCAGUGCUGUGUUCUAUUCGAUUUUUCCGAACCGCUAAGUGACCUCAAAUGGAAAGAAGUUAAACGAACCGCUUUGCACGAAAUGAAUGAUUUGUUGAGCAACCAAUCAGGUGUUCUCACUGAGGCCAUCUAUCCAGAAGCUAUAAAUAUGUUCUCCGUGAAUUUGUUCCGAACGUUACCCCCGUCAUCCAAUCCGAAUGGUGCCGAAUUCGAUCCGGAAGAGGAUGAACCAACACUUGAGGCGUCGUGGCCGCAUCUGCAAAUGGUUUACGAUCUGUGCUUACGAUUCCUAGAGUCACCCGAUUUUCAGGCGAACAUUGCCAAACGCUACAUUGACCACCAAUUUAUUUUACAACUGUUGGAUCUAUUCGAUUCGGAAGAUCCGCGAGAAAGAGACUUCCUGAAAACGGUUCUACAUCGAAUUUACGGCAAAUUUUUGGGGCUACGCGCUUUUAUUAGGAAACAAAUUAACAAUGUAUUUUAUAGAUUCAUUUAUGAGACAGAGCAUCAUAAUGGUAUUGCAGAGUUGUUAGAAAUUCUGGGCAGUAUCAUAAAUGGUUUCGCAUUGCCUCUCAAAGAGGAACACAAACAAUUUCUACUAAAAGUUUUGCUUCCACUGCACAAGGUCAAAAGUCUGUCGGUGUAUCAUCCUCAGUUGGCAUACUGCAUAGUUCAAUUUUUGGAAAAAGAUGCAAGUCUAACCGAACCGGUCAUCAAGAGUCUGCUAAAGUUCUGGCCGAAAACGCACAGUCCCAAAGAAGUGAUGUUUCUGAACGAAUUGGAAGAGAUAUUGGACGUCAUCGAACCGGCCGAAUUUCAAAAGGUCAUGGAACUACUGUUCCGGCAAAUAUCAAAAUGCGUGUCCAGUCCACAUUUUCAAGUGGCCGAACGUGCACUCUACUACUGGAACAAUGAGUACAUUAUGUCAUUGAUACAAGAAAAUUCGCAAGUUAUACUGCCGAUCAUGAUGCCGUCACUGUACCGGAAUUCGAUAACGCAUUGGAACAAGACGAUACACGGAUUGAUAUACAAUGCGCUGAAGCUGUUCAUGGAAAUGAAUCACACGUUGUUCAACGAAUGCAUAAGUAAUUUCAAGGAGGAACAGCAAUUGGAAGAUCAAAAAUUGUCUCAACGGGAAGUGCUGUGGCAACAAGUCGAAUCGCUAGCUAGAAAUAAUCCGGAAUGGUCGAAAGUGGUCGGUCAAUUUUCGAAUUUGAAUUUGGCGGUUAAAAGAGAUGACGAAUUUAGUCAGUUGCCGGACAAUGACUUGUCAUAUGAGAGGCUCGUUCAAGAGUCUGGUGAAAUACGUAACAUUCGUAAUAAAGAUAAACCGUUGAUGCGUCGCAAAUCUGAUUUAGUUGAGGACACUGGCACAGUACGAGCCUUGAUGGAGCACAAACGAGCCGAUGAGUACCUAACGACUCCACCCAAUGUAAAUCAGUUUUAAGGAAGCCAACAUCGAGAGGAACAGGGGAUAAAUAAUGCAACGUGGAUACAAUACUUUUCUUUUGUUCACUCGCCACACAGGCAAAUAUAACACACAUUUAAUACGAAAAAUAUAAGUUUGUCACCUGACGAAAUUAAUACAAAAAACAAAAAAAAACAUUAAAAUCAAAUGACGGAUUUAAUAAAAAUGGAAAAAUCAAUUCAAACGCGAAAAACAACAAUACCUACUUCAUAUACACGAAGAAUAUAUUUAAAGUAAUAAAAAUUGAA